AUGUCUGCUCGGACUCAAUAUAAUGAAGAUAUUUAGAAACAAUUAAUUGAAGUAGUAGAAACAUAUGGAGGAAAAAACUGUAAAAGUUGGACUUAAGUUGCUCGUAUUUUUGAAUUAACAACUGGAAUAAAAGUGUAAAAUACUUUUGAUUUAAAAAAAAAGUUAUUAAAUUUAACUAUUUUAGAUGGGAAAUGUUUACUAAUUAUAAAGAAGAGUUAUCCUAAGAUGAACUAAAAGCUUUAUAUGCAACAGGAGUAAGAUGUAGAGGACGACAUAAAGCUGGAAAUGAAGAAUUCUUUAAAUUGACAGGAAAAAAGUAUACUUAUCUAUAAAUUUAUUUUUUAGAUUGUAUGUCAAUCAAUAUAGCAAAUUGGUUGGUAAUUUCUUAUUAUAAGCAAUUAAACUAUUAUGCUAAUCUUUUUUUAAUCAAAUUAAAGUUAAAUAUAGAUAAUUAGGAUAAGAAAGAUUUCAUAGCAGAAUAAGUUAUGUCUCUAUACAUAUUCUAUUAAGAGCUGUAGAAAUUACUAAACAUCUAGAUGAUUAUUUAGUUUAAGAGUUGAAACGAUCAGCUGAAAAGUUUGAAUAAUUAUUAUUAAUACAGGCAGAACAUCAUGAAGAUGAAAGAAUUGAUAGAUUUUAACAUUAUAGAAAAGUUAUUAAUAGAAGAGAAUUUAAAAAAAUUGCAUUUUUUCUUGAUUAUGUUAAUGAAUUAAAAUAAAUUAGCAUAAAUUUGUAUUAAGAAUAAAUUGGUAGACAUCCAUUAUUAUCUCCUUAAAUUGAUAAAAAUAAAUCAUCAAAAAUCUAUUAAUUAUUAAUUUGGGAAAAUGAUUGGUAAUCAAAAUAUAACUUAUUCUAAGAAUGUGCAGCCAAAUCUGAUUGGGAAGAAUAUUCAAUGUUAAUUAAGAAAACAAAAAAAAAUGAAGAAAAAAAACAAGUGAAAAAAAAAUCAAAUUAACUUUAACAAUAAGAAUAAUAAAAAAUGUAAUCUGAAGAGAUUAUUAAUACAGAAACAAUUGAAUCUGAAACUAAUAAAUUAAAAUUAAAUUCUUAUGAUUUAAUAUCAACAGCUACACAUAAAGUUUGUAAUAAUGCUUCUAAAUAAUAAAUAAAAUAAUUGGAUAAAUAGGAAUUAAAAUCAUUUAGAGGUCACUAUUAUAGAGAAGGUUAAAUUAGAACAAAAGGAUUAACAACAAUCUUAUUUGAUACAGAUAUGAGAUCAGAUGAAGAGGAAGUGGAUUAAUAUUAAAAUAUUGAAGAGAACAGAAAAGAAUUUUUUGAUAAAAUGGAAGAAUUAUAUGAUUAUGUUUUUGGAGGAAAAGCUAGUUUAGUCUCGUUUGAAAAAAAUUAACCAAUUCCCAAUUGA